AUGGUUGUGCUGUUGGCGACGCCGUUCGUAGCCGGCCAGCAUGCAGAUCUUCUCUCCCAGUUCUCGACCGCCAUCACACCUCGAACUUGGGACGAAGCCUAUGUGCUUGCCGCGCCGUUCGUAGCGCAGCUGUCGCUUACCGAAAAGAUCUCGCUCACCACCGGGACGGGAAUCGCGCUCGGGCCGUGCAGUGGGAACGUUGCGAACAUUCCGCGGCUAAAUUUCCGCUACCUGUGCCUCCAAGACGGGCCCGCCGGUCUCCGUGGCGUGGACCUGGUCACCCUGUUCCCCGCGGGGAUUACCACGGGCGCGACCUGGGACCGCGAGCUGCUAUACCUGCGCUCGCGGGCCAUGGGCGUCGAGAACCGGCUCAAGGGCGUGAACGUAGCGCUAGCCCCUGUCGGCGGAGCGAUCGGUCGGGCCCCUGCCGCGGGCCGCGGCUGGGAGUCGUUCGGAGCGGAUCCAUGGCUGAAUGGCGUUGCGAAUGCCGAGAGCGUCCGGGGAUUGCAGGAUGAGGGCGUCGUCGCUUGCGCGAAACAUUGGAUCGCGAACGAACAGGAGAAGUAUCGCUUGGUCAUCGAUAGUAUCGCCUACGGCCCGAUAUUUAAGAGCUUGGAUAGUCAGGUGUCGCAGCGUGCGCUAAGGGAGCUGUAUGAGUGGCCGUUCUUCGAUGCGGUGCAGGCUGGUGCUGGGAGUGUAAUGUGCUCCUACCAACGUGUCAACAGCGAGUACGCCUGCGAGUCGGCGACCAUGAUCGCGCAGCAUCUGAAAGGCAACUCGUCGACGGGCGGCCUCGGCUUCCGCGGCUUCGUCAUGACGGACUGGUUCGCGUCCGCGGCGCCGGACCUAGCCGCUACGGCGGGCGUGGACAUGGUGAUGCCCGGGGAUCUCGGGUUGACCGGAAUAGCAGCGGCGACGAAGCGCGCAUCGACCGGCUUCAACGGGACGAGGCUGGACGAGAUGGCAGUGCGCACCUUAGCGGCGUGGUUCAAGAUGCGCCAGGACGAGGGACGCCUCGGAAACAUCAGCUUCUCGUCGUGGAAUCCCGACUCCGAGUUUGGCGCUUGGGUAGAUAGGGCGUAUAUCGGUCAGAUCAACUUCCACGUCCCGGCGAAUCCGCCUCUGCAUGCGGCCAUCUCGCGCCGAAUCGCGGCCGAGGGCACGGUGUUGCUCAAGAACACCAAGGGCGCUCUGCCACUAGGUGCAGGAAUCAAGCGGGUGGGAAUAUUCGGAAAUGAUGCUGGACCGAUCACAAAGGACUGCGGCACGUUCACUAUUUGUGAGGAGGGCACUCUGGUUGUGGGUUGGGGCAGCGGUAGCGGCCUCAUUGAUCAUGUUGUUGAUCCCCUCUCGGCCAUCACCGAACACGUGUCCGCGCUCUCCGGAAGUGUCGACAGUGUCUUGGAUGACUACGAUUAUGCGGGUAUCCGCCAGAAGGCCCGGGACCAGGACGUGUGUCUGGCCUUCAUUAACUCGCGCAGCGGUGAGGGCACGAACAACGUUCAAGGCAACCAGGGCGACCGCAACAACAUCACAGCGUGGCGCGACGGUGACACGCUCGUGCGGACCGUUGCCGGCGAGUGUGCCAACACAAUCGUGGUGAUCCACAGCGUCGGCGCGAUAAUCAUGGAACCAUGGAUCGAGCAUCCCAACGUCACCGCGGUCGUUCUCGCAAACCUACCGGGGCAGGAGAGCGGUAACUCCCUCGUCGACGUCCUGUGGGGCGCCACGAACCCCAGCGGAAAACUACCGUAUACGAUCGCGAAGCAGGAAGCGGAUUACUGCUGCCGAGUGCAGUACGAAUGGACUGGGUUCUUUCCCGAGCAGAAGUUUGACGAAGCCCUCCUGAUCGACUACAAAUGGUUCGACGCUAAGAGGAUUGCACCCCGGUUCGAGUUCGGGUUCGGCCUGUCGUACACCAACUUCACAUAUGGCGGGACACUGGGUAUCAGCACGCCCAAAUCUUUGGCCGCGACCGGGUUCGUGGAUACCGUCUUCACGGUCACGACGCAGGUCACGAAUAGCGGGGAUGUCGCGGGGAAAGAAGUUGUGCAGCUGUAUCUAUCACUGCCGUCUGCUGCGCCGGCCGGUACACCUGUGCGGCAGCUUCGGGGAUUCGAAAAAGUUGCUCUGCAACCGAGAGAAACGAAACAGGUAUCGUUCAAGGUGACGAGGAGGGACCUGAGUUAUUGGGACGAGACUGCGAAGGGGUGGCUCGCGUUGAAGGGGGCAUAUGAGAUUUCUGUAGGCGCAAGUUCCAGAGAUUUGUUGGCUACGGCGAAUGUGGUGGUUUCGUGA